AUGCGAAAGCAAAGCGAGCGGAAGCUUUCUGCUAUCGGCGGCUCUUUUUUUCCUUGGGGGGAUUUUAGUCAACCAACCGACCCCGGAAAACUUUUGAGCAGUUGCGGCCGCGUCUUCGACUUCCGUCAUCUCUCCAACACCAAUCCUUCUUUUCGACCUCUUCUCCCCGGCGCCCCGAAAACUUGCAAUUCCCGCCAAAAUGGUCCAGUUCUCCGAGGAAACGAAAGUGAGUUUUCAGAGCGCAUUUCCAAGGUCAUCGACGUAUCCAGAGUCGCCAUCCACUAUGGAUAUCUGCCUUUGAUCGUCUAUCUCGGCUACACUUACAGUGAACCUCGUCCGUCUUUGUUCAAGCUGUUCUCGCCGCUUGCAUAA